CAUUAUAUUCGUGUGUUUCUUUUUCAUUGGUGCCAAAGGACAAACUUUUCUUUUCUUAAUGAACUUUAUUAAUUCUAGAGCUAGUGUUCAUAUUGAAAUCAGAUAAAGAGAAAGAAAGAGAAAAAGGCAUGGGUGGCGUGAUGAGCUAUGUGAAGGAGGCCUUCGUUCAUCCGUUGCGACGAGAAGACAGACAAAUGCAGAGUGGGAGGCAGCGACGUAACCGGCGGCCAGAACGGCGUAGCUUGGAUAUGGCGGAGGAUUUGCCGGGGAGGAGUUUUGUUCAUCAGGCCUCGCUUGGGCAUGAGAACAAGAGAUUCCGGAAGCCACAAAUUACAAAGAAAUAUCCCUACGUCCCUGACCAUUUCACUUCUCUUCACCAGGUAACAAAUGCGUUGAGACAAUCUGGCCUAGAAUCGUCAAAUCUAUUGCUUGGAAUUGAUUUCACCAAGAGCAACGAAUGGACAGGUAGACGGUCCUUCCAUGGUAGAAGCCUGCAUGCAAUCAGUGAAGAGCUCAAUCCUUAUGAACAGGCCAUUACCAUAAUUGGAAAAGCUUUGGCACCUUUUGAUGAAGACAAUUUGAUUCCUUGCUUUGGAUUUGGAGAUGCAACAACUCAUGAUGAAGAGGUAUUCAGUUUUCACCACGAUCAAUCACCUUGUCAUGGAUUUGAAGAAGUCUUGAAUUGCUACAGAAGAAUUGUACCUAAUUUGCGCUUAUCAGGUCCUACUUCAUUUGCACCCAUAAUUGAGGCAGCAGUUGACAUUGUUGAGAAAAGUGGAGGACAAUAUCAUAUAUUGGUUAUCAUUGCAGAUGGUCAGGUCACUAGAAGUGUUGACACAGAGAUGGGAGAUCUCAGUACACAAGAGAGGAAAACAAUUGGCUCGAUUGUCAUGGCAAGUUCUUAUCCCCUGUCAAUUGUUCUUGUGGGAGUUGGUGAUGGACCUUGGGAAGACAUGAAGAAAUUUGAUGAUAGAAUUCCUUCCAGAGACUUUGACAACUUUCAGUUUGUGAACUUCACUUCUAUUAUGGAAAGUAACUCAAGUCCUGAGGAGAAAGAAGCAUCUUUUGCUCUUGCAGCUCUCAUGGAGGUUCCUUUCCAAUAUAAAGCAAGCAUGGAACUUGACAUUCUUGGGCAUGUAACCGGCAAGGCCAAACGUGUAAAUCCUCGUCCCCCUCCCAUUCCUUUCACCCAAAGGCAGCAUUCAUUGACUCAAACAAAUGAUCUUUCACAAUCAAGUAUAGGAGAUCAAAACAAGACUUGCCCCAUUUGCCUCACAAAUGAUAAAGACAUGGCUUUUGGGUGUGGCCAUAUGUGCUGCAGAGAAUGCGCAGAAAACUUAACUAUAUGUCAUAUUUGUCGUGCAACUAUUAGGUCACGUAUUAGAUUAUACUCUGGAUAAUUUUAGCCCAUGUAUUUAUAAACUUUGGGAUUGGAGAUAUUUUAAUCUACAUUUCAAGUGAUGUGUCAUGUAACCAUUCAUUUCUGUUGUAAAGGAAAAUAAUACAAUAGAUGUGUUUAAAUAAUUUUUAUUUUGAUUCAAUA